ACCUAUAAAUUUCCUUUUUCUCCUGUUCUCCUCGCCGGAGCGGAGAAUUUUGUUGCAAAGAGAAAUAAAACGCGCGACCUUUUCCCUUGCUGUCUCUCUCAAGCUCAACAGCCCGGCCGGCUGGGCUGUCCCCUUCGAUAUCUUUCGUCGCCCCCUCGUCUCACUCAUUGCGUCGCUUCUCUUCCUUCGCGUGGAGAACUUGAUGUCGGAUUUGGUGAGGAUCAUUGUCGGAGUGGAGGGAUCCCGAGUCGCUCUGCGGAUUGCAACCCCUUCCUGUCGGUUUUUCGGUUUUAGUAGACCGUAAGGGAGGGAAAGAGGACAGAUUUUUGAUGGGAUCUGAAAGGGAAGACUUGGAAAUUGAGAUGGAGACUCUUGUCAGUUCAUCACAGUCUGCAAAGAAGACGCCCACUGUAGAGAUACCUGAUAAUGCAUCACUUUCAAAUGUUGCUAAAUCAUGGAUCUUUUCAAGAAUACUUGAACGACUGUGGAAAAGUAUCAAAGUUGUUAUAUUCACAGCGAAGAUCAACAUGUUGCUACCAUUUGGACCCAUGUCAAUCAUUCUCCAUUAUCUUUCCAAAAAUCAUGGCUUGGUUUUUUUCUUCAGUUUGAUAGGAAUAACUCCAUUAGCUGAGCGGUUGGGCUAUGCAACUGAACAGCUUGCAUUCUACACUGGACCCACAGUUGGGGGACUUCUAAAUGCUACAUUUGGAAAUGCAACAGAGAUGAUAAUAGCGAUUUAUGCAUUGAAAAAUGGAAUGAUUCGUGUAGUCCAGCAAUCAUUGCUAGGCUCUAUAUUAUCAAAUAUGCUUUUAGUUCUAGGUUGUGCUUUCUUCUGUGGCGGGAUGGUUCAUUCCAAGAAAGAUCAAGUCUUCAACAAGGCAGCUGCGGUCGUAAAUUCAGGAUUGCUGCUGAUGGCUGUAAUGGGUCUAACAUUUCCAGCUGUUCUUCACUUUACACACUCAGAGGUGCAAUAUGGAAAGUCAGAAGUUUCUCUUUCAAGGUUUAGCAGUUGUGUGAUGCUUGUAGCUUAUGCUAGCUACCUUGUUUUCCAACUGAAGAGCCACCACAAUCUUUACAAUCCAAUUGAUGAAGAAGAGAGGCAGAACGAGGAUGAUUCUGAUGUAGUGGAACUUCCAGAGUUAGGCCAAUGGGAAGCAAUCUCAUGGCUUGCUGUUUUGACCAUUUGGGUUUCUGUUCUUUCUGAAUACCUUGUUAAUGCCAUAGAGGGAGCAUCCGACUCAUUGAACCUGCCAGUGGCUUUUAUUAGUGUCAUUUUGCUUCCUAUUGUUGGCAAUGCUGCUGAGCAUGCAAGUGCAAUUAUGUUUGCCAUGAAGGAUAAACUUGACAUAACACUGGGGGUUGCAAUUGGAUCAUCUACACAGAUAUCAAUGUUUGUGAUUCCUUUCUGUGUGGUUGUUGGUUGGAUAAUGGGAAAGCACAUGGACUUGAAUUUUCAACUAUUUGAGACCGCUACUCUCUUUAUAACAGUACUGGUUGUGGCAUUUAUGCUACAGGAAGGAACUGCAAACUAUUUCAAGGGGCUAAUGCUUAUUCUAUGCUAUUUAAUUGUUGCUGCCAGUUUCUUUGUGCAUGUUGAUCCUGCAGACAGUAACGUUUGAUGGCUGAAAUGCCAAGUAGCCUUCCGCGGUAUCAACAGAGUGCAAGAUACAUUCCAACUAGCAUGCAAUGCAACAUGUUUUCCAUAAUGAGCUGAAGGCAUGACGGAAUUGUAGAAGGUCCUUGAUUGCUCAACUGCUACAGCUCCAUAACCUCGUAUGGUUUUGUUGGCUUGAUAUUCUGAUUGCUAAGGGAGGCUUCUUUUUUAGCUGUGUCAUAGCAAUGCAAGUGGAGAGGUGGAAGCGUUUGUAGUCUGCCAUUUGAUUUGAUUUUUUCUUGAUGGGGCCUCAGUUCUCGGCCAUGGAAAAUAGCCUCCAUGAGAUCAGAUCGUGGUUAUUUUGUGAUGAAUUCUAUCGAAUGCAAUAUGGUGCAUGGCACUACAAUGUGUGAACAGGAUUUGUCAAAUUAGAAUUCAUUAGCAAGCUUGUUUUGAUAAUGGAUGUGAUUCGAAGGAUGUAAUAGAGGAAUAGAGGUAUGGUUUUGAUGGCAUCAUUAUUGGGAAAACAUUUUGAAAAUAAAAGGCCUGAUUCAUAUUUUUCCGGACG